GCAUGCGGCGCGGCGUUGGGAGUCAUUCACCGAAAACUGGUCGUUGCUGGCGGUAGAAGUCUCUGUCUAGUCUAGUCAGUUUCGCUAGAUACUUGAGGCUCAUUAUAUAAGAUUUUCAAGAUUUGACGGUCCCUGUCCGAAGAAGGCAGUAUUUUAUCGAUUUCCAUCAGUUCCCAAGUCUUUAAUUUUUGACAUGAGUAACGAGGCCGACACCACCUCCGCCACCGGCACCGUGGCGACGCCCACCAAAGCCGCGCCCCCGACCACCACGGGCUCUGCGCCCACCACGCCCAGCAAGGAGGGCGAUGAGGCGCGCAUCCAGCUGGUCCAGGGCCGGCGGCACCUCCUCGUCAAGGACUACUUCUCCGCCGUGACCGCCCUGGCCAAGGGCUGCGAGCUGCUCGCGCAGAAGUACGGCGACACCGCCCCCGAGCUCGGCGACGCCUACCUCACCUACGGCCGCGCGCUGCUCGAGCUGGCGCGCUCCGAGAACGGCGUCCUGGGCAUGAACGAGGACGGCGAGACUGAGACGGAGGCCGAGGGCGACGGAGAGGACGACGACGAGGAUGAGGAGGGCGACGAGGAGGGUGAGGAAGAGGAGGAAACUGGCGAGAAGAAGAACGGCACAGAGAAUGGCGUGGAGAACGGAAAGGACGCGGUCGAGGACAAGAAAGAGGACGCCACCGUCUCUUCCAACGGCAAGGCCGAGGCUGACACCAACGGCAAGGCUGAGGCCGACACCAACGGCAAAACUGAGACUGCUGAGGCCGACACCAACGGCAAGGUUGAGACAAGCGAGGCUGAGGCUGCCAAUGGUGUGAAGGAGAACGGCCAGGAGGGCGACGUGGAUCAGACGAUCAAGGAAGAGGAGGAAGAUGAUGACGUGAACAACCUUCAACUGGCGUGGGAAAUCCUCGAGCUGGCGAAGAGCAUCUUCCAGAAGCAGCUAGAAGCCGACGGGGAGGUUGACCUCAAGCAAAACUCCCUCAAGUUGGCGGAGGUCCAUCUGAAGCUGGGUGAGGUGGGCGUUGAGUCUGAGAACUACAACACUGCGGUAGAAGACAUGAAGACUUGUCUGGAGCUGCAAAGAAAGUACCUCGAGGACGACGACCGCCGUGUCGCAGAGACACUGUAUCACAUGGGUCUGGCUUACCAACUAGCAAACGAGUAUGACUCUGCCAUUGAACAAUUUCAGUCUGCUUGUGAGCAACUUGAAAAGCGCAUUUCCAAUUUAGAGAAGAAAAAGCCAGAGCCAGAAACUGAAAAGAAGGAAUCGGACGAUCCAUUCUAUACUGUUGAGGGAGAAAUAACCGAACUCAAGUCCCUUCUUCCUGAAAUCAAAGAAAAGGUGUCUGAUCUGCAAGAUGCCAAGAAAGAUACAGUGCGGAUGAUGAUGGAAGGUUUAGCAGAGGCCAGCGCUAAGCAAAGCUCCACAGCAGACGGAGCUGGUCCAUCAUCAUCAUCAUCUUCUGAUAAGCCUGUAUCGAGUGUCGCUCAUCUUGUCAAAAGAAAACCAAAGGAAGAUAGCCAACCUGCACCAGUCACCGAGAACAAAGCUGAUGAGAAAACUGAUUCCAAGCCUGUCACAGAUGAGAAAACAGACGAAAAGACUGUGAGCAGUGAAGAAACUGUAAAGGUUGAAGAGAAGUCUGAAAAGGUAGAAGAAAAAAUGGUUACUGAUGAAUCAGUAGCAGAAACCCAAGAUUCCAGCAGUGAAAGAAAAAGGAAACAGGAGGAAACCUCGCAAGUAGAAGACGGUGCUAAAAAAGCCAAGGUAGAUGAAUCCACUGAAGACAAGCCAGCUGAAUAACGAUUUUCCUUAACUUGAGCUGAGCUACAACUAAUUUAAAGACUGAUCUGAAAUGUGGAACUUAUUUUAAUGUUUCAAUAAUUUGUAUUGUUUUAGUGUGCAGCCUAUCAUAAUACUUCUUCCCCAGUAUCAUUUAAUCAUUGUUUUACUUUAUUUUAUUGUGAUCUCCUUCGUAUGAUUGUGAUAUUCCUGUACUUUUGUAAUUGUAUUCACAUCAGUAAGUAAUUAAAAUGUUAAAAAGAA